CCGAAGGAGGCUGCUGAGCACUGGCCGGGGAGCUUCGGGAUUUCUUUCCGAGCCAUACAUAUGCCUGGGAGGCCUGGGACGGCCGCCACACAUCUGCCUCUGACCGGGCAUCCAGGCAACCACAGCCCCACCCCCCUAUUCCCAGCCAUCCCGGCUUUUCGCUUCUUCCCGGCUUCUGCUGCCCCUUUAGGCUGUGCGCGCUCGGACCCGGCUAAGGCGGGGCGAGCCCUGCCGACCCCUGUGCGCCCCCGCCUGCGGAAAGGAGAUGCGGCGCGGAGCCGGGGUUGGGGUCGGGGCAGAGAGGGCCGCAGUUCGGGUCACCAAGUGUUGGCCUCCCUCCCGUCAUCUCGCCCUCCCGCCCCAGUCCCUGCAGCCCCCGCGGUCUCUGCCCCUGGCUUUGGGAGCGCAGCAGGUGUGAGCACCGAGGGUGGGCUCGCCUCCAGGGGUCCGAUGGCGCCCCAGGCCGUGACGGCGCCGCGGGAGAGCCUUACCUGAGGCCUGGGCAGGCAUCGCGGCCGGCGGACCACGGCAGCGCUCACCGUCUGUGCAGCCCACCUAACCCUCAGACACAUCUAGUCUUGGGGGAUGGGGAUUUCUCACCGGUCUACCUCGAAGGGCACCCAGCAAUUCCUGCCAGAGUCCCAGCCUCCAGCUCCCCUCCUGGCCCACCCCCCGUGCACCCCCACCUCCCCUGGCACCUCGGAGCCAGAUGGGGCCUGCGUGCGCGUCCCGGUAGGGGACGGCGCCGGGGCAGCGCACGGUGCGAAGGAGGUAGAAGAGGAUCCAGAGCACAGCCAGCAGCAUCAUGGUGGGAAGAGCGUGCGGGAGCCAGAUAAGGUGAGAUUUAUAUUUACCCUUUAAGAGGCGCCCCCUCCCCCGCCGCCCUGUCACCUCGGCGCAGCCAGGCUCGGGCGCGGCCCUGCACUGCGGCACCCAGAGGACAUCCCGCCCCCGGCGCCCACCGCGCCCUGGCGCCCCGCGGUCCCCACGCCCAGAGCCCUGAGAGCUGACGCUCAACAGACGCCCCAAGGGCCCGCAGGCACCCCGACGCCCUCCCAGCCCCCGCGACCCUAUCCCUUUGUGCUCCUCUGUUGCUGCCCCAAGAUCGGGACCCUCAAGUCCCUUGCCCGACACCCUCACAGUGAACGAAGUUCCCUCUCCCUCCGUCCCUUCCCCCGGGCCCUGCUCCUCUGGAUGCUGCCAAGUAGGACGUGGGUGCCAAGUUCUCGGCCAGUCUUCUCGCGCCCCCUGCUGGAGCGCGGCUGGCACGCCUCGCGGGAGCGGGUGGCGGCCGGGACAGCCGUGUCCCGAUCGCUGACUGUGGGUCCUCAUAACCCUCCUAGGUCUAUUGUCCAAGGGGUCAGGACUGCCCUCGGACAUCCCUCCCCAGCCCUUGGCCCGUUCCCUUUACGCGCAGAGACGUCGAGGGCCGCAGCGCCGGGGCUUGAGCGAGGACAGACCUCGCACUGUCCCCACACUGGACCUCAGGGGGCGGGACGCUGGGGUGGGCACUUUUGGAGAGAAGCCGGGCCCUGUGUGCUCGGGAGCGGGGUCGGCAGCAGGGAGUUUAGGACCCAGGGGCAGCCCGGGGCGGCCCUCUGGGCAGCGGGAGAUCCCUUCCCCCCCCCUUCCCCGCCGGGUGAGCGGCUCAGAUGUCCGAGUAGCGGCGGCUCUGGCCUCCGCAUCCUCUGUCUGCGGCGGCGGGGGCUGGCGGUCCCGGCCCCUGCCAGGCCCCCUCCCCCAACCCCAUGCCUCAGCUCUAACCCUGCCCGCCCUCCCCCGCGGGGGGCAUUUCCCCGUGUCCCCUGGCCGCCCGGUCCAAGUCAGGCGCCAUGAACGACCAGUACCACCGGGCGGCUCGGGACGGCUACCUGGAACUCCUCAAGGAGGCCACCAGGAAGGAGCUGAACGCCCCCGACGAGGAUGGCAUGACCCCCACCCUCUGGGCUGCCUACCAUGGCAACCUAGAGUCCCUGCGCCUCAUCGUGAGUCGAGGGGGUGACCCGGACAAGUGUGACAUCUGGGGCAACACGCCCCUGCACCUGGCAGCCUCCAAUGGUCACCUGCACUGCCUCUCCUUCCUGGUGUCCUUCGGGGCCAACAUCUGGUGCCUGGACAACGACUACCACACGCCGCUGGACAUGGCCGCCAUGAAGGGCCACAUGGAGUGCGUGCGCUACCUGGACUCCAUCGCGGCCAAGCAGAGCAGCCUCAACCCCAAGCUGGUGGGCAAGCUGAAGGACAAGGCCUUCCGCGAGGCGGAGCGGCGCAUCCGCGAGUGCGCCAAGAUGCAGCGCAAGCACCACGAGCGCAUGGAGCGGCGCUACCGGCGCGAGCUGGCCGAGCGCUCCGACACGCUCAGCUUCUCCAGCCUCACGUCCAGCACCCUGAGCCGCCGGCUGCAGCAUCUGGCGCUGGGCAGCCACCUGCCCUACUCGCAGGCCACGCUGCACGGCACUGCCAAGGGCAAGACCAAGAUCCAGCGGAAGCUGGAACGGCGCAAGCAGGGCGGCGAGGGCACCUUCAAGAUCUCGGAGGACGGCCGCAAGAGCGUGCGCUCGCUCUCGGGCCUGCAGCUGGGCAGCGACGUGAUGUUCGUGCGCCAGGGCACCUACGCCAACCCCAAGGAGUGGGGCCGCGCCCCGCUCCGGGACAUGUUCCUCUCGGACGAGGACAGCGUCUCCCGUGCCACACUGGCGGCCGAGCCUGCGCACUCGGAGGUCAGCACCGACUCAGGCCACGACUCCUUGUUUACCCGCCCGGGCCUGGGCACCAUGGUGUUCCGCAGGAACUACCUGAGCAGCGGGCUGCACGGCCUGGGCCGAGAGGACGCGGGGCUGGACGGUGCGGGCACGCCGCGGGCUCGGCUGCAGAGCUCCCCCAGCCUCGACGACGACAGCCUGGGCAGUGCCAACAGCCUGCAGGACCGCAGCUGCGGGGAGGAGCUGCCCUGGGACGAGCUGGACUUGGGCCUGGAUGAGGAUCUGGAGCCCGAGACGAGCCCUCUGGAGACGUUCCUGGCCUCCCUGCACAUGGAGGACUUCACCUCCCUCCUGAGGCAGGAGAAGAUCGACCUCGAGGCGCUCAUGCUGUGCUCGGACCUCGACCUCCGCAGCAUCAGCGUCCCCCUGGGGCCCCGCAAGAAGAUCCUGGGGGCCGUGCGGAGGCGUAGACAGGCGCUGGAGCGCCCGCCGGCCCUGGAGGACACAGAGCUAUAACAGGGGCUCCUCUCUCCAGACCAAAAUGAGUUGCAAGUUGCCACAACCCACGGUGCGGCCACGAGGUCCUCACAGGUGCCAGCCCUGCAGCUCCCCAGCCCCUCCCCAGGAGCAAGGACCAUGUGGGUCAUCUCCCUGAAAGCCUGUCCACACUCUGCAGCAGAGGGUAUGGCCUGAGGCACUGGAAAGCCAAGGGAGUGACCCAGAACAUCAAUUCGGAGGGGUCCCGGGGCCCCUAAGCCCCCCAUCUGAGUGGCUCUAAAGGACAUGUGCAUUUGUGGAAGGCCAGCCCCGGUGCCAGGGCAGGGGCCACCAGAUGACGCGCCUGUCAAAGCUGGAUGGGAGUGUGUGUGUGUGGGGGUGGGCACUGCCUGUCCCAGGGGCCAUGGUCUGUCCCCACCCCUCCUCCGAGGAUCCUACAGUCCCGCUCAGUCUGAAGACUCACCUCCUACAUUUUUGUGAAAGAAGAGUUUGGGUUGCCUCCCCUCCCCCCAUACAUUCCAGAGAGGAGGUUCCCAGCUAGACUCUUCAGCCAAAUGCCCUAGCUUUGGUCCCCACCCAGCCCUGAGCAUGGCCAGCCCCCUUCCCCUCCUCCCACUGGCCGUGCUGGGGAGUUGGAGUGCCAGGCUGGGCUGGCUGGGGGGUGGCUGGCACCCUUCCAGCUCAGCCCGGGGUGGGGCCCAGGCUGACUGCGCCCUCCCUACCCUGUCCUUCUCCACUCACUCUCUCCUGGGUUGUACAGCCUGGCUCCCCCCCACCCCCAGGGGUCCCAGAGGGUUGGGGCAGCAGAUCUAAGGUGCUAGAGCUACUGGCUGCAGUAUUAUGGCCCCGAGGCUCGGCGGGCGUGCUCUGGGUGGGGGGAAGGCAUCUGCCAGCUGGCUCAGAGCCUCCCAGGCCCAAGCCGGGCAGAGACUGGGUGUGGUUGGGUGUCCAGCCUAGUGUAGGCAAGCCCUGCGAUGUAGACAUGGGAAGCCUGAGGAUGAGGACAGUCUAAACUGCUGAUUGUCCCCAGGUCCCCAGGGCUCUGGGUUAGGAGGUCGGUUGGUGGAUUUCCCUCGAGGUCUGGAAGCAGCUGGGUGGCUGCCUGGCUCUGAAUGGGUAGUGGGUAAGGGAGAGCUCAGCAUGGGUCCCUGCUCUGUUAAGCUGGUGAUACCAGGGAAAAGGCCAACCUCAGAGGGUCCACAGACUGAGGUCACAGAUGUAGGAGAGUCACUCAGGAGCCCACACGGGUGCACAUAUACACCCCAUGCAGAUGUGCCCUUCCUCGUCUGUCAACAAUGGUCCCCCCACCCAUCCCCGACCUUCAGCUUGGGAAGCAGCUACUGGGAGCAUUACCGCAGCGCCCAGCUCCUUCCUGGGCUCCCCUUGGCUGCUGCAGGGGAGAGAGAACCCCCAAAGAACGCCACAGGCCUCCCUCUGGUGUGUCUGUGUCUGAGUGUGGGCCCCCAGGCACACAUGCUCAGAGCCGGGGGCGUGAUGGAGGUGGUCCCUGUUCCCACACUGAAGGCUUGGCCACCUGCCACUGCCACCCUGAACCCAGCGCGGUCCUUCUCCCCGUUGUCUGGGCCUGGGCCUGGGGCCACCCCCAAGUGCCGACUCGACUUUCCUGGAGCCCCAGGUGCUGCGCUUUCUCUCCUGUUCCCUGUCCGUGUAUGGCCUCAGCCCAUCCCGCUUCUCUCAGUGCUGGGGUGGGGCGGGCUCCCUGAUGCCCACCACUGUCCAAAGCACCCCUCCCGCAGGCUCAUUAUAA